AUGGCAGAGCGAGGCUUGGCUGCCCCUGACGAAAUCAGGACUGGCAGCAGCGGAGGAUUCUGGGAAAAGACUGUGCAGAUGGUCCAAAGUGUGGUCAACAUGAGCUCAGAUGUACAGCGCCAGUACUUCAGGGGGUUCUGCUACCAGGAGGCCGAGGGGCCCCGAGAGGUUUGCAGCCGACUGCAUAACUUUUGCCGUCAGUGGCUGAGGCCGGAAAUGCACACCAAAACUCAGAUCGUGGACUUGGUGAUCCUGGAGAAGUUCCUGGCUGUCCUGCCCCCGGAGAUGGAGAGCUGGGUUAGAGAAUGUGGGGCAGAGACCAGUUCCCAGGCGGUGGCCCUGGCGGAAGGCUUCCUCCUGAGCCAGGCGGAGGACGAAAAACAGGAAGUGCAGCAGGUGCAGGGACUUUCAGAGGUGGCUGCUGAGAUCCCUGAGGUAGAACACGCUACGUCAGGCACCGGACAGAGGCCUUGGGUCGAGAGCAUCGUGCAAGAGGGUGACAGCGCUGCCACAUCUCUGGGCGGGGAAAUGUCCCUGGAGCGUCAGCCCAGGCCUUUUCGUGGGGGAGCAGAAACAGUUGCUGGACAGCCACCAGGUCAGGGUCCGGUGACCUUUGAGGAGGUGUCUGUACAUUUCACGGAGGAAGAGUGGGCUCUGCUGGAUCCAGGCCAGAGGGCCCUGCAAUGGGAAGUCAUGGUGGAGAACUUCAGAAAUGUGGCCUCUCUAGGUGAUGACAGGGAGAGCAAAAUUGAGGGCAAACGGCAGAGGAGGAAAACCGAAGCAAAACAGAAUUGGAGGAAGAAAUUGUUUGCUUCCGAAAGCGCCGUGUUCCCUGAAAUUCCAGUCACUGAAUGUCACAAAGUAAACAAA